AUGCUUACUUUUACCGGUAUACCUACCAGGGGGUGUUUGUUCAAGCUAUGCGCACGUACGGACACCCGAACUCUCAGCCGUCCCCCAAUCCUCGAGGACAUCUACUCCUGCAUCGUGCGGCAUCUAAUCGCCUUCCCCAUCGCCCUGAAACAGCACCUCAAACGGAGCCGCGACCCGGACGAGUACGGGAAAGUUCUGGAGUACUCCGAGCUGGACGGCAUCUGUCGCACCGGACGCCCGCACACGCUGCUCCUCUCCAGCUUGUCCAUGCUGAUCCGGCCUUUGCGCCAUCGUGACGACGGCCUGGGCAAGAGCCUUGCGCUCUGGAAUCAGAUGGACAGCUGCAUCAGCCAGUUGCAGAGCAUUUCCUGCAAUCUGGAUCUCAUCGUGCAGCAGCCACUGCCAGCCAGCUACACCAUCCACGCAGAUCGUUUCAUCCGCCUCUGGGUCGGCACACUGCCCUUCGUUCUGCUGGAUGUCAUGAGACCCGCUCUGGUGGUGCCCGCAGUGCUGCUCGUUGCCUGGGCCUUGUACUACACCGAGGAGCUGGCGGAAAUCAUGGAGGAGCCCUUUGGCGACGAGACCUCAGGAAAGCCAGAAACCAUCAAGCUCGACGUCUUCUGCAGGCGGAUAAUCUUCGCCUUGAAGCAGCAGGUCUGGGCACAGGAGACGUUGGACAGCCGCGUGAACAGCGGCGAUUGGGUGAUUACUCCAGAAGAUCUGCCCCCA